CACAGAUAUCGCAAAAUGGCUCGAUGAUGUCCACCGCAUUAGACGGAGAUCCGGACUUUGUUGAUCUGGCAGAGAGGCCGCCGUUUGGUCGGGCGGGAAGCGAUUUCGAGGUGGUUACGCUGAACCAGGGCGGACAUUCUCGCAAUAAUUCUGCAGCUCACACACCUAUCGGCGGGCGGAGCAGAGCCUCGACAACUUCCUCGCGCAAUGGCGCGGUGCUACCAUCCGUUGACACUUCAGUAAACGUCAGUGGUGAUCUUGGUGAGAGACACAUCCCAAGCGCCGAUCCACCUAGCUAUGAUGGCGAGGGGUUUGAAGAUGCACCACCAUACGAAUCGCCUACUUCCGCUCGCGCGCCGCAGAUCCAGACUUCUUCUGCUUCGUCACCAGAUCAAUCCGGGUCCGAACAGACGUCGUCAGCAAGCGGCGCACCUCAGUUGAUGCCAAUUAGCCGCCUGCCGUCUAUACGAAUUGCGGAAGCCACGCCCGUCGAUCCAAAAAGACCGAAUUUCCCAGAAACGUUGCGAGAAACGUCAGCCGAGUAUCGGCCAGAGGCGUGAUGGUGUUGAAGCCGUAUACACAUUUCGAGUUGCGAACUAGCGAGCAUUUGAGCGUUCAGGAGUAGGCCCUGGAAUGGCGUCACGAGAUCCAAGAUUUAACGAAAGCGAUUUGUAUGUAAGAUCUUAAUGAUAGGAAUGUACGUAUGCGUACGGAUCACCACUG